GGUGGAGUACAUGCCAGAGAUUGCUGAGAUUGUUGGUAUUCCUGUCACACAGCUUCACAGUCCUAAUCAACUUGUCAUUAAAUUCCUUGCUACAGAGCUAUACCAUUUCAGAAUGACUGUGAUUGAUGGUUUCUCAUACUGUAUCCUGGAAGAUGAGUUUCAGAUCUUUGUGGACCGAGCGCCUCUACCGGGGUUAUCUCAGAUGAUCAUCUUUGCUACAGUCAGUGUUCUGAUGGGAGCUGCAGUAUUUAUCAUCUACCUCAAACACAUCAGAAAGACACCUAUCCACCGAACUCGAUCCAAUAUUGAACUUUUUCAAUGAAAUUGAACCUCAUCUUCCAUGACUGCAUUCGUGUAAAUAAAGUGUUUAUCACCUUGAUUUUGCCAACAAAUGUACAAUACUCAGGGGGUGUUACAAGAAGUGUGACUAAAAGUUGCACGUUACCCUCAGGUAAAGUAUGUGCGGUAUAUAAUAUGUCACAGCACUGGUCAAAUUAUUAUCCAUCAGGGGUCCGUUGCAGAAAGAGUUGCAUUUAAACGCAAGUCAAAAAAUCAAUCGCAAGUUCC